AUGCGAGAUGCACUUAAAAGCCUGAGAGAAGACAAGUCUAUCAUGUUUCUCCCAGCAGACAAAGGGCACGCUAACGUGGUCAUGGAUACCGACACCUACCGAGCUAAGGUGUCUACGCUUAUUGAGAACGGACCGUACCAACUCCUCAACAAAGACCCGACAGACCGUCUUACCCGCAAGUUGUCGGAAAAGCUGCUUACCUUGAAGCGAACCGGAUCUCUAUCAGAGGCCGUUUACAACAAGAUUAGACCUCGACAUAAACAGCCGCCUAGAAUCUACGGUUUACCGAGGAUCCAUAAGGCCGAUGUACCGCUAAGACCUAUUGUGUCGUGCUUAAACACGUUUGCUUAUGAUUUAUCCGCUUAUUUAGCCAACAUCUUGUCUCCUUUAACAGGAAAGUCAGAGUAA